UUUUCUUGUUUAGGGGUUUGUGGUGUGUGUUUGAUGGCUAAUCAUUCAUGGACAAACGAAGAGAGAAAUCACCAUAAUGCCUACUUCGCCAACUCAAAGUCACCGUCACAGAGCUUAGAGAUGAAACACCACACCGGAAUCGCCAUGGAUUGGAGCUCUGAAGAACAAGCAAUUCUCGAAGAUGGCCUUGUUAGAUAUUCAUCGGAACCGAGUAUUUCACGUUACGCGAAAAUCGCGUCAAAGCUUCAGAACAAAACCGUUAGAGAUGUUGCUAUGCGUUGCAGAUGGAUAUACAAGAAGGAAAAUAACAAGAGAAGAAAAGAAGACCAUAACGGAUUGGGAAGAGUCAGAGUUGACAAUAAGGAAAUUAUUGAUAUGGUGGUGGCUUCAAACUCUGUUCCACAUCUGUUUGCACUAUCCCCUCUUCUUGGAGAAGAAGAUGGGAUCACCAAUGAGCUUCUUACACAGAAUGAGCAAUUCUUCAAUCAAAUUUCUGCAAAUCUCACAAAUCCCACAUCAUCAAGGUUGACAGAAAACUUGACACUCCUCUACAAAAGCCGCGAAAACAUCCGUAAACUUCUCAAAUGUUUGAAUGAGAAUGUGCCGGAGCCAAUGAAGCAUAUGCCACCAUUGCCGGAGCAAUUGAACGAUGAGCUUGCUACAAUCCUUCCUCCCUCAGAUCUACCACAGCUACAAUGAAUGACUCUUUGUGUGUUUCUUCCUCUACAGUUCAAUUUCUUCAGGACCUUCUUCUAAUUGUUUCAGUUGACUUUUGGGUUCUUAGGUUUUAUUGUUUCUCUUAACAGAAGCCCUAGCUUAGAGCACAAGUUUGUA